AUGAUGCUGCGCGCGGCGGGCAGGCGUCUCCUCGGCGUAGGAGGCGGAGAGGCUGCGCUGCCGGCGCCCGCGAUCGCUGCUGCGGCGGCGGUGGCGGGCAGGAGCAGAGGGUACCACGAGCGGGUGGUGGACCACUACAACAACCCGCGCAACGUGGGGUCCUUCGACAAGGACGACGCGGACGUCGGCACGGGGAUCGUCGGCGCGCCGGCGUGCGGGGACGUCAUGAAGCUGCAGAUCCGUGUCGACGAGGGCUCCGGCAGGAUCGUCGACGCGCGCUUCAAGACCUUCGGCUGCGGCUCCGCCAUCGCGUCCUCCUCCGUCGCUACCGAAUGGGUCAAGGGCAAGCAAAUGGAGGAAGUAGUAGCGAUCAAAAACACCGAGAUUGCGAAGCACCUGUCUCUUCCACCGGUAAAGCUCCACUGCAGCAUGCUUGCUGAGGAUGCAAUUAAGGCCGCCGUGAAGGAUUACGAGGCAAAGAAAGGGAAGCUGGCCAAGACAGAGGAGCAGGACAUCCCAUCCCCAUAA